UUUCACGUCGUGAAAAUAACUUAUGUAAACAUUAUUUCGGAAAACAACAACCGGUAUAAUGAGUUUGACAUUAAAAUCCUUUCAAACACUUCAACGUGUUUUUAAAACAAGCAAUCACUUCAGUUCAUUAUACCACAAUAAUCUAAGACUUUUUCAUGAGAUAAAUGUGACAUCAGUCAAAUAUCACGAGUAUGGAGAUCCAAACAAGGUAUUAAAGACAGAACAUACAACAUUAAAAGGUCCUCUUAUGGACGAGGAAGUCCUUGUUAGAAUGCUCAUGGCCCCUAUCAAUCCAUCAGACAUUAACAUGAUUGAGGGAACAUAUUUCCUGAAACCUCCCCUUCCAGCAGUUGUCGGUAAUGAAGGCGUAGCGGAGGUUAUGCAUGUAGGACCCAAUGUGGAAUCCCUGAAAUCAGGUGACUUGGUCAUUCCUAAUCAGGCUGGUUUUGGUACGUGGCGAACACAUGCAAUAAAGCACUUGUCAGAGCUUAGAAAAAUAAGCAAUGAUAUACCGGCACUCAGUGCAGCAACAAUAGCUGUCAACCCUUGCACAGCAUACAGAAUGUUGAAAGAUUUCCGCAACCUUCAACCAGGGGAUGUAGUGAUACAAAACUCGGCAAACAGCGCUGUGGGUUUAAGUGUUAUUCAGAUUGCAAAAGAGUGGGGACUGAAAACAGUGAACAUUGUUCGUGACAGGGAAAACUUGAAUGACUUGGUUGACCAGUUGAAAUCUCUAGGUGCUGACCACGUUGUUACAGAGGAAUAUUCUCGCACCCCGGCCAUGAAGGAGCUUAUGCAGUCACUUGAAAAGGCACCAAAAUUAGCAUUGAAUGGUGUGGGUGGAAAGAGUGCGACAGAACUUUUAAGACACCUUGGUCAAAAAGGCGUCAUGGUGACCUAUGGGGGAAUGUCACGUCAGCCUGUCGUUGUCCCAACUGGAGUGUUCAUAUUCAAAGAGGUAUCAGCUGUUGGCUACUGGAAUUCGCAGUGGAAUGUGGAGAACUCAAAUAGUGCUGAGAGGAAUCAAAUGUUUGAUGACCUCUGUGAAAUGAUCAGAACCUGUCGACUGAUUCCUCCGCCCAGUGAGCUUAUAGAACUGAGCAACUUUGCUGAAGGGGUGGCAACCUCCAUGGCAGGAUAUCAAGGCAAGAAGAAAGUGCUUACAAUGGUGGAAUUCCAAUGAAAGUCAAAUACAUUUUAUAAGACUUCUAUAAAAAAAAUAGUUUCGACCUAGUUAGAUCAAUGUUCAUAAGUCCUUGUGUGCUGAUAUCACAAUUUUACCUGUUUUUCUGUUUAGACAGAGUUGCAUGCCCUCCCACUUGUCAGUUAAUGCAUUUGACUACAACGCUAAAAUGUUUGACAUUUUAUUAAUAUACAGUGUAGUUGUAUUAUAUGUGACAUUGGAAAUGUAAUAAGAUAUUUAAAUAUAUGCGAACAUUA